AUGAUAUUUCAUAAAUGCUUUAAAGUUUGUUCACUCUCUUGUGCUAUUUUAUGGGGCAUAGUCACUUCAUCGAUCAUUCAACCAGACAAACAACAAGAAAAAGAUCAAUUAAGCAAUCAUUUUAUUUCUACUGAACAAUUACUAGAUAUUUCAGAAAAGUGGAAAGCGUUAGAAUGGAAUAAUUGGUUUAGCCGUAUGGAAAAUGAAUGGGAAAAUUUAAAUCUUGUAUUACAAAAUGAUAAACGAAAUAUAUUACAAGAUAGACAUAGUAAUUGGAAAGAAUGGAUUCAACAUUUAGAAAAUAAAUGGGAAAAUAUUAAUGAAAAUAUAAACCCAGAAUAUAAAACAAAUUUAUUACAUAUAUCAUUAACAUGGAAUGAAGAACAAUGGGGAAACUGGGCUUAUAAUACUUUAAAAUGUUUUCUUGAGAAUGAUUGGAAUAUCUUGAUAAAAGAAAUUACAGAACAAAUUAAUACACAUAUUGAUCAACGAUGGAUAAAAUGGCUACAUGAACAAAAUUCCAUUUGGCUUUCCAAUGAUUGGAUUAUUGAUGAAAAUGCAUUCUGGGAAAAUAUGAUAAAACUUGAUUCAUCAAAAUAUGCAUGGACACAGGAAGUUAAACAAUACUUUAUUAAAUGGAAUGAAAGAACAAAUCAUCAAAACUUUAUGUGGAAUAAUUGGAUACAUAAUAAAAACAAAAUAAUUAAUCAUAUUAAAAAAGAUAAUCUGGAUGAUUGGACAAAGGAUAAAUAUGAUUCCUUUAAUAAAUGGAGAGAAAUAUUUCUUCAAGAUUGGAUAACUAGCCAAAAGUGGAAAAAGCUAGCUAAAUAA